GAAACGACAUCAAAAGUAAUGGAAGAAAAAAACCGUUUAAGUUCAAUUAUAACUUUUUGUUAUUGUCGCAUGUAGUUGAUUUUUCCUUGUGUAUCCACCACGAACAAUUCCAAACAGUAAAAUAAAAUUCAUCUUUUAGAUGAUUGUAUGAAAAAGUGCUCGAAUUAAAAAAAAUAAAACUUUGAGUCAAUUAAUUCCUUCUUACUUUUUCUACUGGGUUCAAAGCGUUUAUUAUCUCGUUGUAGUUCAUACAGAUCACACGAUCGCGAAACGAAAGAAAAUUAAAAACAAAAAAAGUAAAACAAAUCGUAAUAAAAUUACAAUUUCUUUGGAAUCUUGGUGCAAAUUUGAUAAGAAUUCAAUAGAAACAAACGAAUACAAUGUUAAACAAACUUACCGCUGUUAUAUUAAUAUUAUUUGCAUAUCAUGCAAACGCUGAUUCUAUAUACGAAACCUAUGUUCCGUCUCGAAACGGUGGUGAUUCAACUGAAACCAGACAACAUCAUCCUCCAUCAAUGUUGUGUUUGAAUAUUAAACCUCAACAUUCUGUGGAUAUCAAACAAAUAACUGGUAACUGGUAUGGUAAUGAAAUCAUAAUGCAUACACAAGAUAUACCAGGCGUAUAUCGUUACGACAGUUGUGUGAUGAUAAAUUUAAAUGAUGUCACAGAUCAAAUGCGUGAUUAUUAUCAGCCUACUAGUUACAGAAGAGUAGACACAAUGGCAACAGCAUCAACGUCAUCGAAUGGCCAGCAAUAUGAUGUAACUGCAAACUCCAGACACUCACAUUUAAGUACCAGAUAUUUACGUUUGAUUUGGAGCGAAAAAGAUGACAAUAUUGAGUAUAAUUUCAAUUAUACCAUGAAUCAUCCGGGUCUCUGGACAAAUGUUGGCGAACAACGCGGCUCAAUGGUGGCUCUUAAUAAAUACAGUCAAUUUACCGGCACCGUACAGGUGGUCAAAGCUGUCAGUGAUCAUUUAGUAUUGACAUUCUGUUCGAGUGAUUUACAUCAUAGCAUUUAUACGAUUGUCUUGAGUCGUGAACCACAGGGACUGAGUCAAGAUAUCAUACGCAGUAUAAGAAAUUUACUAUCAAGACGUGGCCUUUACACUGAAUCCAUACGACAAGUCUGUAUGAAAUCAUCUGCCUUCACACAGAGAUCAUCUUUAAGUACAGCUUUAUUAUUGUUAGUUUUAAUUUGCAUAUUAAGAAAAUUAUUGUAUUGAAAAGGCGAAAUAAAAACAGAGGAAAAAUACCGGAUGGAAAUGAUGAAAUUGAAAUUGAAGUGAAAUGAUCUUAGUACGUUGGUAUUCUAUUUUUUUAUAUUAUCCAUUAGAAUAACAAAAACAUAAAUAUAAGAAUCCAUUCCUGUGCUAAUUGUAAGGUCUUAUGUGCGUAAUAACUAUUACACUUUAUACCCCUUUAUAAUUUCUUUAAAAUAAAAUGUCAAAAAAAAUAAAACAAUUUUCU